AUGCGCGCUGAUUUAUGCGCACACGCUAUGGGAGAGUUGCUCAGGAAGCUAGAGGAGGAUGGCUUGGAUGUUCCUUCUCAGCAAAGCGGCUUGACCACCAACACGACUUUGAGGGAGGGUGCGACGGAAGGACGUGAGAAAGAAGAACAUCGUAUAGACCAGCUCGAGGCGGAGGUGUGCUCGUUAAAGCGCGAGCAGGCAGCUGCGGUUUCACUAGUCCAGCCAUUCUAUCCGGUGUAUGGGAUGGCGCAGAGCGGUGCGGGCGCACACCACGGCUUCAUAGCUGUACCUAAGCAGGAGACAUUGGCGGGAGGAGAGGAGUCGAAGGAAGAUGGAGAGGGCGAGAACGAGCUAGGAACAAAGCCGACCAAGUACACAGGGGUCUAUGUGGAGGCCGAUACAGGCAAGUAUGGGGUGAAGGUCCACGCAAAGGACAAGGAGGGGAAGAAGAUAACGAAGAGAGUCGGCGCGUACACCACGAUAGAGGAGGCAGCGUAUUGCUACACGGCAGAUGCCCACGUGCUGAGGCCUGCUUGCAACUCCUCGUGGGCGCAUGCCAUGGGGGACUCGCGGAACGGCCUUGCCAAAGCGGUCGGCAAACAAGCGCUGGUGAGUGACUCGCCCGAUUCGCGUUCCAAGAGCGACGCUGCUCCUCGUAUGGCGAACCGGAAUCAAGGCGAGGACGUAGAAGGGGGCAAACAGGCACACAUCGUGAGCAAUAUAAACGCAUCCGAAGAGGAGGAUGACGAGGAUGUGGGUGACGCGAUGCGCACGAUGUUCGAAACCAACGCAUACCGCGAGAACGAUGCUGUGGACACGCAUGGCGAGGAGGUGCGCGUUUCCGCGGGAGUAUUCAGGAGCCUGCUUAAGUCGCAGGACGAGAGCGCGCAGAAGGUGGCCCACUUGGAAACUCUACUUUUGGAGGCGCUGGCGAAGUCCGAUGGGGGGUCCCGUCGGCGCAAGGCGGAGCGGCAGAGGGAUCCCGGGCAGGGAUGCAUGAACCCAAAGCGCCAGCAUCGCAACAAGGAAGUGGCAGAUGUUGAGGAGGAUGACGAUAAGGAGGACGACAACGACUACGAGGACAUGGCACAGAUUCGCACGCGUCGGAAGCACAUGCGCUCUGCGAAGUCGCCUGUUCUGCAGCGCGCACUUGAUCUGCUGCCGGCCGACAAGGCUUGGAAGCGCCUAUGCGAGCUGGUCCGAGUGCAGCUGUUCUUGAAGAAGCCGGCCGCAACCAUGACUUUCUAUCCGAGCUCUGACGACAAGACUUAUGGCGUUUGCGCAGUGAUUGACCGCCUGCCACAUAGCUUCGCGUGCCUUGCGCUUGCCGCGGACAAGUCCCGCCGUGCUGACCUUAACACGAUGCUGAGCGAGUGGAAGACAAGGGCUGCCAGACGGGUCCGGGACAUUGCGCUCCCUAAGCUUGGAUUCUUCUGUGAUGAGCACGACGAGGCAAGCCCGUGGGCAAGGGACAACGCACGCACGCUGGAGCAGAUUCGGGAGCGCAUUGGGCUCGAUCUGGUGCCGAGCAACUGGUCAAACGACCGCGACGGGAUGCCCUUUGCGUCUGCCGCGUUUGCGGCGUGCGCAAAGGCUGCCUUCAUUCCGAAGAAGGCUGCACUGCCGCUCACUUUGAAGGUGUACCACCUUGCGUGGCUGGAGCACGUGGUGUCCGACAGCAUCAUGUAUUGGGAGCAGAGGAUGGGCCGCCUCUCUAACCCGGCCGGGUGGAACAGCCACGUCGUGAACGGGCUCAAGGUGCUUGUGAAGGGCUCCGUUUCACAGGCCAUCCGUCACUUCAAUCCCGAGUACGACGACGAGAAGGAGGAACGGAUUUGGGGACGCCAUGGCCUCCGCCUUUCUGCUUGUGGUCUUGAGAACAUGAAGCCUAAUGCUGGCGCUAGCGGCGGAGACGUCUCCGGGAAUGAUGUGCAGUCGGUGUCAGUCGGGGGCGUGUAG